GUGUAAAGACAUGGAGAAAUUGGAAAGCCCAGACAAAGAAAUUGAGUCAGUUAAGGCUAAAAUUGAAGAGAAUCAGAAGAAGGUUUCAAAGUAUGCUUUUAAAUGUCAAAGUACUGUUGCUUCUUUCUUGUGGAAUGACUCUCACUAUGGAAAAAAUAGUCCUGAAAAUGAUGGACUCCCAAAAGAGUAUGAUAAAGAAGAAGUAAGAAGCAACAACUAUCAAUCAGAGUCCAGAAAAUAUGUCAAAGACCACAGAAGUCCAGCAGCUGAUCUUGAAAAUGAUCCUUUCCUCGAUUAUUCUGCAGGUUUGGUUAAUACAGCUAAAGGAAAGCAGGAUAAAAUAGAGAAAAAGCUAUUUUUGAAUUCUACAAAGCCUGGACUUGAAAAUUGGAAGGAGUACCCCAAGAAACAAAGAAGCUUUCUUGCUCCUAUAAAACUUGAAAUAAAUCUAGAGUCUGAUGAUGAUGAUCUUAUAAUUGAUGAAGCACCACUUGUUCCUGUUUCCAGGAAAUCUAGAAUAAUUAAAAGGUACAAAAUUUGCAAUAUGGAUGAUAACAUUCAUAUUCCUCCACCAGAGGAGGGAAAUCUUAUAAAUAGUGAUACAGGCUUAACUUCUUUGAUCAGAGAGGAAAGAGAAUUACAGGAAGAAACAAACAACAAGAACCCAGAACAAUUUGAAAAGCCCCAUAAAACUGCAACAGUAAUUCAAAAUGCAGGUUUACAAUGUAUUAACCAAGGUUCCAAAAUUGAAAAUCUUAUCAAUCAAGACAAAAUAAAUGCAUUUAUUUCAAAAGAAAAUACAGAGAAACAAGUCCCGUUUGAAAUGUACAAAGCUGACUACCCAAAGGAUGAAAAUGUUUUGAAAAGAACCUAUAAUGGUCAUAAGAAACCAGUGGAGUGCCACCAUUCACUAAAGGUACCCCAAAUAUCUUACUCAGAAAGUUUUUCAAAGGGCAAAAUUAUGUCUAUGAAAGACACACACAAGAAACCAGAUGAAGAUAAAGUUGAAUAUAUACAAAGAAAAGUAAGCUAUAAAAAAAUGGAAAAUGCAUCUUUUGCCAUAUCUUAUAUUUCCAAACCAUCAUAUUUAGUUGAUUUGGUUUCUGGAAAGACAGAUACCCUGAAUUCUUAUGACCAUCUAAGUAAUUAUGAUAAAAAUGGAAAAAUCAACUGUAACCUUGAAGAGAGCGAAGUAAUUGUGAUAACUUCUUCAGAAUCUUCUGAUUCAGAUGACCCAGUGGAGGAAUGUCUUCAAGUUUUCAAUGAAUUUACUGAAAGCACAACACAGAAGGAAGAGAAUAAUAAACAGUUUUUAGGAAAACACAUGGAAUCAAGUACAAUGGAUUUGAAAACUGUUUUAACUCCUGGGCCAAAGAAGAGAAUUGCACAUACUGCAAAACUCAAUGUACCGGCCACCAAAAGAAUCAUCAAUCCAUUCCAAGGAAGAAAUCUUCAUGUACAGCAACAAGCAAUGCAGAUAACAACCACUACCAAAAGAGGGAAAGCAUUUGUUGCUGCUACAUCUAAACAGAAGAAACAUCCUGUUGCAUAUGGAUCUUCUCAGCACCCAAGUACAGGUUCUCAUAACUGGUCAGAACCUUCACCAGCUGUGGCAGAUAGUACUCAUUUUAAUGAGUUCCUUUCAGAAGAAACCUUUUUAACAAUACCAUCUAGACCAACUCUUCCUGCAAAAAAUAUUAUUCCUUUGUCUGCUAAGCCAACAAAAAAUAAGGCAUUUAAGCGCAAAAGGAAACCAAUGACAUGGGAAUAUACAGCCAAAGUGCCUAAUGAAAUGAGAGAACGCUAUGUGAGCUUCUUUAUUGAAGAGUAUUUGAAAAUUUGUAAAACUACAGAUGAGGCUUUUCAUAAGGCCCUGAUAGAAGAAAAGGCCAUUUAUAAACGCUCUAGCAUCAAAAACAUAUAUUUGAACAUAGCAGUAAAUGCUUUAAAGAAACUAAGAGAUCAAGUUGAUAAAAUGGCGUCUAAUAAAAUUCCUUCAGAUUUGUCUUGUCCUGAAAGUCUGACAGAAUAUAGAAAACAAGAAGAAAAAAAAGCUCUUACAGGGGUGAUUCUCUACAGACAUCUUAAAAAGUAUCUUCUGACUGAGGAUCAAUUAAAUGAAAACAACUAUCCCCAACCAAAUCCUGAGAAGCCUGGCUGUGCUGUAUUAAAGAAUGGAAUAACAAAAAGUGUUAUGAUGGAUGGUUUGAGGAAGAUUUGUUGUCGAUGUGGGAAAAUAUACCAUGUAACUCCUGAAGGCAAAUACACAAGUUUAGAAGAAUGCAACUACCAUUUUGGCACAGUGGUAAGACACAAAGUGCCUGGUGGGUCGGAAACACAAUACAGCUGUUGUGAAGGAAUAAUUGGAUCACCUGGAUGUCAGACUGCUAAGCUCCAUGUUCACAAUGACCAUAAAGAAAACCUAGAGGGUUUUGUGAAAACUUCUGUCAAACUACCACCUCCUGAUGGUAAUCCUGGGGUGUUUGCAGUGGAUUGUGAGGUGUGCUAUACCAGCAAAGGGUUGGAACUUGUUCGAGUGACAGUGGUUGACCCCAGUCUUCAGGUUGUCUAUGAUACUUUGGUCAAACCAGAAAAUGAAAUAAUUGACUAUAACAUUAGGUUUUCUGGAGUAGCAGAAGACGACUUAAAGAACACUAAUGUAUCACUUCAGGAUGUACAAGCAAUAUUGUUAAACCUGUUUAGUGCUGAUACCAUUUUAAUUGGACAUAGUUUUGAGAAGGACUUGCUUGCUCUCAAGCUAAUUCAUAACACUGUCAUAGACACAUCAAUCCUGUUUCCUCAUCGACUAGGAUUACCUCACAGGAGAGCCCUUAAGAACCUAAUAGCUGAUUACCUCAGACGAAUCAUUCAAAAUAAUGUUGGAGGCCACAGCCCUAGUGAAGAUGCAAUUGCUUGCAUGGAGUUGAUCCUCUGGAAAGUUAAAGAUGAUGUAAAAGGAAAGAAAUGAUCACUAUCUAUAAAAAUCACUUUCCCAGCAAUUUGAUGAGUCUCCUGAAUCUCCAUUGCUGGCAAUGGAGUUUAGCAAGAAAAUCUUCCUUCUUUUUUUAAAGAGCAAAAGUAAACAAACAAGUAAUUGUUUUUUUCUAUAUUUUUAUGAUGAUGGCUUUGAUAUGCUCAGGUUGGGGGUAAUGUUCCCUUGAAAUUGUAUGUCUUCACAUUUAUGUUUUACAAUAGUGUGUUACAAGCUGGGUAACCAAAUAACAGUGAAAACAAAGUUAAGCUCCUUUUAUGUGCCCUUAGAGUUGGAAUGAAGAGCACUUAUGUCCUUUAUUAAAGCUAAAUUUUUAAAAAGGUGAUUCCCUAAAAAAAAAGUCAUUCCAUUUAGACAGCUAAAUUAUACCUUUAUUACAAACUCAUAAUAACCAUUUAAUGUAAAUUUAUAUAUCUAUUGAGAUUGGACAUGGGCGUGAAGGAAAAUUAUCCACAAACUAAAAUAAAAAUUUCCGGUGCUAAUUCCUUUAGCCUUUUCCAACAUAUUUUAAAAUUAAAAUAUAGAGUUGCAAGUGAAAAUUCAUGCAAGUACCCAGCAAACUUGCCAAUAUUAAGAAUUUGUUAGGGGAGGGACAGAAAACAGUUACUUAUUUUGAUUUAUAUUCUAAGCUGAGCAUAACUUAAAAGUAUAUUAAAGAUGUGUACUAAAUUAAAACUCAUAUUUCCAAUAUCUAGUUUCUUUUUGUAGUUACUUUUCUAUACCUGCCUGCUUUUCUAAUUACAUUGAAGCUCACUGGAGUAUAGAUUAUAUAGAAUGAUUUUAAUAUUGAAAGGAUGUUUUAAGAUAUGCUUGAAUUCUGUUUUCCCACCACCCAUUCUCAUUGAUAUUUACUCCCUGACAAGUCAUUUAAUACUUCUACACUUCAGAGAAUUCUCUGGGACUAAUUCUACCUUCAAUCAAAUAAGCAUUGAGUAAGUCAAUAAUUUAUAUUCAUAAUAGUCAGAUAAAGAGUAGAAGUGACCAUGUGUUCAGUCUGGAUCAGUUAUUGAGGGCCUUCUAUAAGAUAGGUCAGUUGCCAUCUGGAUCUGUGUUUGGAGGAGAAAGUCACCACACCUAGAAUUCCUGUACUAAUGAAAUUAUGCAUUUUUCAUGUAUUUGCUCUUUUGAGACAAAAAAUCAGGAUCAGAUAUUAUAACUGCUAUCCAUUAACAUGCUACAACUUUUCUUGAUCCCAAUACCAUUUAAAUGAUUAUCAAUCUUCCAUGAUAGAAUCAAAUCACUAAUCUAUCUGUGCCAAUUAAUGAUGAUUGCCAUUGCUCCUCCAAUCAAAAAACAUGAAAAAUUCACCGCCACAUUUUAAGUUUUUGCAACUCACCACCUGAAAUACUUCCAAGCA